AAUUCAUCCACAGGGUAAACAGAUGCACCAGAUGUGUGUCAUACGUAGUGAUUAGCGUCCUUAUAAAACAUGAACAUUCGCUCGAACUCCGAUACAAAGGGAUUAGCCGUUGACGCAGUCAAGCUCUCUCAAGAUCACGAACUUUUAAUAAAAGAUCACGAUGUUUACUUUCAAAUUAUUGUGCGUAGUACUAUUUAUAGCCAUCGUGUACGUUGAGUCUAAGCCGUUAGAGGACACAAAGCCUCUUGAAGAAACAAAACAAAUGGCGCCUCAGAUUGACGAUGGAGAGAUGAUGGAAGGAGCAGAGUCCCAAAAUCCGUUCUUACCGCGCUUUGCUAUGAAAAAGUUAAGGGAGCGCAGUGAGAAGGCUAACGCUCAGAGAAGGAAUUAUCAAGGCUGGAGGAGAUGGAAUGCACCACAAAGGGUUCCGUGCCCGGACAGAUAUUAUUAAAUAAAACCGCAAUGAAGCUACUUAUAAGUUUAAUUUUAACGGCGGGAGUCGCCUCUGUGAUUGCUAACCCUGUGACCCUUGUAACUCAAGAAGAAAGUAUAAAUAUAGCGAACGAACCAUCUUUGACAGAGACAAGUGUAACAGAAAUAAACACACAAGAUGCAACAGUGCCCAAAAGUGAUCCGGAACCAACCAAGGUACAAAUCAUUACUGAAGAAUUAGUGCCAGAACCUAAUAUUGUGGAAGAAGUUCCUAAAUUCGACAACGGCGAAGUUGAUAUUGUAAUCGAAGAAAGUGUGACACCUUUAGAAGUUGUAGCCGAAGAACAGAAUGAGGUCAAAAUUGACGCUGACGACUACUUGCACCCAGGGGACCAGCUUAUUGACAAUAUUUUGGCUGAAAGAAUUAAAGAUGAAAUAAUGGAUACAGCCGAAGGAUUUGCACCUCUUCCACUGCAAUUGAGGAAAAAGCACAGGCAACCUGCGAGGCGACGGUUUGCCAUACGCCGCCGUUACCCAGCGUACCCUUACCCAUACACGCCGUACAGAAGAAUCUCAUAUUACAAUCCCUACUACUAUUAUCGCCCUAGCUCUCUAAGAUUUUAUUAAUAUUAAGCUGUAUUCUUAGUAUUUAAUCUAUUUAUUGUAAAUUAUUUAUGACAAAUAAAAGAAAACACGUAAGUAGUGAUUCAUUUCAUAUUCAUAUUUAUUUCUACAAAAUCUAUAAGCACAAUUGCCUUCCCAACAAAAUCAUUUCAAUAUCAUUAUAUUAUUUUAUCUAUUUACAUUGAUUGGUUAUAAUUGCAUUUUAUACAUGCAAUAGGUACCUAACUUAGAAAAACAUUGUACACUAAUUGGAUUAUUCUCAUGGCAGUUGCGAUCAGUGAUUCUUUCAUUUGCAACUGUGCAUGGAUUAACAAUCGUCUUUUUUACAUUACAUUUGUAAAGUAUGACACAAAUAUGAUAUUCGAUCACUUAGUUUUUGAAUCACAAAUUUCCUUAGACAAUAAAAGAACAAGGUCAUUAAAGUAAAAAUCAGCAACUACUUUACAUAGAGAGAAAAUUACGAAUAAUUUACUUGAUAAAUAAAUAUCGUUCAAUAACAUUACCCAAGGAAUCAUAAUUAUUGAGUUGUAAACAAUAUAUUCAUUAAUGUUCACGUUAAAGUUUAUUCGUACGUGGUUAUAAAACCCGAAGUCUCGCCCUGCGGUAGUGCGAGAUUGUACACUGAGACUCAUUUGCCGGGACCCACGAGCGCUUCAUCCAUGAGUUCGUCGUCGGUGAUGCACGGCGAGUUAGAGUGCGGCGAGGGUGCCACGAGCGGCGACGGCGCGGGGCUUUUAGCCAGCUGCAGGGCGAGAGCCGGCGAGGACGGGUAUACCGGCCGCACGGCCACCAAGCCAGACACCUUGCUGCCCGACGAUGAAGAGAAGUCCAGUAACAUCUCAGCGGCUUCCUGCGGAGUCGUUGCUCCACUUCGUGCCACUGCACCGCUUGCUGGCGGCUUCAUGCAUGAGUCAGCGCCUUUCCUGUCUUCCGAACUACCUUUUGGAGCAGCAAACCCCUUUGCCAUUUCCGUUUUAAAAUCCAAAGGCAUAAUAGGAAAUGACGACGUAAAACCAUCUUUCGAGUCGUCCUUAUUUCUCACAGGGCUUUCCCCUUUUGAUAUACUUUCAGCCAUGGCCUUAGAAAAUUCUAGAGGCCGAUCAGACUGAUCGUUUUUUCCAGGCGGUAUAGUUUUAGGGCUCAUGCUACCCAUAUUGAGCAGUGGCUUUGGCACAUUUAACGGGUAGGCCGACUUUUGCAGCGAGUCAGUCGUUCUGGCUCCUUGAUUGUCGAAGUGAGGAAAUGGAUAUUUACUUUGUUCCAGUGAACGAGCAAAGUCGUUAACCAAUGAUCUUUGAUCGUACUGACUCGCAGGGCUGUUCUUGUCUGGAGUAUUUUGGUUUUUCAAUUUUGGUAUUUGAAAUUUACUUGUAUCGAGAGGCUUGAUCAAGCCUUCUACUAGAAAGUUAGAUUCUUUGGACCCCUUAAACCGUUCCCCGUCUACUUCAUCUCUAGAGCCGCUGGGGCUGGAAUGCCGUUCUGAUUUAGAAGAAAAAAUAGAUUUUUCCGAAUUAGUCAUGAGUUUAGUCCUGGCCUUCUCUCUUUCUCUGUCUCGAAUAAUCUUGGCGAGGUCCGUGCUACUGCUCUUGGGGGAUCCAGAACUAGAUUUAGAACUAGAUUUCGACAGAUUUAUACCGGCAUUACUAGUGCUUGAUGAUUUAGAAUAAGGCACUUUGGGCAUAUUAGGAUUACUAGAUCCGGAGGAAUCUGAAGGGCUCAUGUUUGCUUUCGGUGGUGUUGAGCCGGAGGUGACGCUCCCAGAUUUAGAAGAUUGCAUAGCUUGAGUCUUUUUUGAAGCGGGACCACUUAUGACCCCUGGUUUCAAACCAGUGUGAGUUUUGGGAGAGCCUUGACUCGGGGGAGUGAGCUGGGGCGACUUGGAACUUGAGCUACUGUAGUUUAGUUUGGAACUACUGCUCGAAGAAUCUUUUGUUCUAGUUUUAUUGAUAGUAAUCUUCAUACCGUCGGAGCUUGGCUUCACCAUGUACUCCUGAUUUUUGCUAUCGCUAAGUUUUCCACUACUGCUGGGCGUACUUGUUUUUGGAUCUGAAAACUUAGCACUACUGGAAGAGCUACUAGAUUUUGCACUGAUUUCAGAAUCUGUGCCACAGUGCUGCGCAGACUUGAGCUUGUCUAUGACAGCACUGAGGGAACCUUUCCUGUUGCGAGCCUGGCUCGGAGCGUUAGAUUUGUUUACUUCAAUGUUAGGUGGGGAAAUCAAAGGCUCCGUUACAGGGCUAUCACAGGUUACGGGGGUUAUUUCUAAUUGUUUCAAUUUAAUUGGAUUUUUUAAUUUAGGGCUACUCCUAUCGGAACUAGAAAAAGAUAAACUGGAAUGUUUCUUUUCUUUAUCCCUAGAUGUCACUGAGCUAGAGCUAUAGCUGUCUUUGGAUAACUUUUUAGUGAGAUCAUACCCUGUCGUACCUGAUUUACCUGAGGGCGAUCCGCUGGUCGCCGAUUUGAGAGCUGACAUACUUGGUUUUCCCGACCCCGAAGAACUGUGCUUAGGGGACGAGACGCUGUGGUUUUUUGGACUCGAAUAACCAGGUAAAUGUUUAGGACUAUUCUGAACGGGAGAAUGUCUGGGGCUAUUGUGGUGACUAGAUGUCCCCGACGGCUUACCCAUCCCCUUCACAGUGCUAGGACUCGGCGAUUUAGUAAUCGAAACAGAUCGGCCGUGCGUUGGGCUUGGACUAAAUUUUCGUAUAAGGGAGUUUGGGGAAGUCGCGCGUAAAGGGGACCCAUCAGUAGGUUUGAUGCUCACCGAGACCGGCUUAGUGAGCGGGUCUUGUUUAGGAGGUACUUUCUCUGGCGGUCCCAUUGAGUCAUCCCUCCUACGUUUCUUCUUCUUUUCCUUACUCCGCUCUUCCCCCGACCUACUCGAUUUCUUCUCAGAUCUAAUACGAUCAUCAAGCGUUUUCAUUUGUGAUGAUGUUAUUGGAGUUAUUGUUAUGGAGCUGGGCAGGGCGGCUGGUGCGGCCGCAGUGAUGGGGAUUAUUUCAAUGCCGGGCCGCCUGUCCAGACAUAACAUGGAGGAGAUGCUGGAGCCGGUGCCUGCGUUGGGUGUAUUCGAUGUCGUACCAAUAGGAGUUAUGCUUACCGAAGAAGGCAUGUAAGACUUUCCUUCAGUUAAAUCCAAAAGGAGCGAAGACGUGCUUCUGUUUGUGCGUAAUUCGGAGUCUUUGCUUUUAAGUUUUUGCCUUUUGUGAUCAGACUUGUGAAAAGAAUUCC